AUGCCCUCCCAUCCCCAAGAUAGAACCCUUUCUCUCUCUCUCCGCUCCCUUGAGGAAUUCUGGUCGCACCAUGCCGCCCAACUCCACUGGCACAAGCCCCCUUCCGCCAGCCUGUGCCGGAGCAGCAAGACGCUUCCUGCCAGCGGCGUCACCCACGAGCACUGGUCCUGGUUCCCGGACGGCGAGAUCUCCACCACCUACAACUGCGUCGACAGACAUGUGCUCAGCGGGCAUGGAGACGACGUGGCCAUAAUCUACGAGUCGCCCGUGACGGGUGUGAGGGAACGGUAUACGUAUGCGCAGCUGCUGGACGAGGUCGAGGUGUUGGCCGGCGUGUUGAGGGAGGAGGGCAUUAGGAAGGGGGAUGUCGUGUUGAUUUAUAUGCCAAUGGUUCCUGCUGCUCUCUUCGCGGCGCUCGCCAUAGCUCGGCUCGGCGCCGUCCAUGCAGCCGUCUUUGGCGGGUUUGCGGCAACGUCAUUAGCUCAGCGCAUCGAGGCCUCGAAACCACGCGCAAUCAUGACCGCUUCCUGCGGCAUUGAGGGAACUAAGGGCGUAGUGGAUUACAAACCUUUGGUCGAGGGAGCCAUAGGCAAGAGCGCUUGGAAGCCACAGAAAAUCAUUGUCUGGCAGCGGGACCAGUUUCGUUGGAAACCCAUGUUGAAACUGGAGGGUCAGCGGAACUGGCAGCGGAUUGUGAAGAGUGGGAGGGCGAGGAAUAUCAGAGCUGCAGCUGUUCCCGUGAAAAGCAACGACAUGUUGUAUAUCAUUUAUACCAGCGGAACAACCGGCCUGCCGAAAGGUGUCAUCCGGGAAGCUGGUGGUCACGCCGUUGGCCUCAAUCUCUCCAUGAAAUACCUCUUCGACAUCAAAGGCCCCGGAGACGUCAUGUUCUGCGCCUCAGAUAUCGGUUGGGUAGUAGGGCACUCCUACAUUCUCUACGCACCACUCCUCGCCGGGGCCACUACAGUACUCUACGAGGGCAAACCCGUUGGCACGCCUGACGCGGGCAGCUUCUGGCGCAUAAUUGAAGAGCACAGGGUAAACACUUUCUUCACAGCGCCCACUGCGCUCCGAGCAAUCCGCAAAGAGGACCCAGAGGGCAGCUACUUCGAACAGGUCGGGAGCCGCGGCGGCCUGAAGCACCUGCGCGGCUUGUUCCUUGCUGGCGAAAGGAGCGAACCCAGCAUCAUCCGCGCCUAUCAGAGUUUGCUCAAUAAGUACGCCGCCCCCGGCGCUAUGGUUAUUGAUAACUGGUGGUCGUCGGAGUCCGGGUCGCCAAUGACAGGUCUCGCGCUGCGCAGUGGCAUUGGUUUGGAACAUGGAAGCAGAGACGUGCAUAAACCGUUCCCUGUCAAAGCCGGGUCGGCAGGCAAGCCGAUGCCGGGCUUCGACGUGCGCAUCGUCAAUGAUGAAGGGGAUGAGGUGCCGCGUGGCACGAUGGGGAAUAUCGUGUUGGCGAUGCCGUUGGCACCCACAGCGUUCACGACGCUAUUUAACGACGACGAGCGGUUCUAUAAGGGGUAUCUGAAGCGGUUUGGCGGGCGGUGGGUGGACACAGGGGACACGGGAAUGGUGGAUGAGGAGGGCUAUGUGCAUGUUAUGGCGCGGAGCGAUGAUAUUAUUAACGUGGCGGCGCAUCGGUUUAGUACUGGGGCAAUCGAACAAGCCAUCCUCUCCCACCCAGACAUCUCCGAGGCAAGCGUCGUCGGCAUCCCCGACGCUCUCAAGGGCCACCUCCCCUUCGCCUUCGUGCAACUUCGCAAAACCUCCUUCCCUUCCUCACCACCCCAUUCCCCAUCCCCAGGUUCUAUUCCCGCCACACCCCCGCAGGCCUUCUUCAAUUCCGUCAACGGCCUCGUCCGCGAGCAGAUCGGCGCCAUUGCGUCGUUGGGCGGUAUGAUCCAGAGCGGCGGUGAGGGCAAAGGCAUGAUUCCGAAGACGAGGAGCGGAAAGACGCUUCGGAGGGUUCUGAGGGAGCUUGUUGAGAAUGCGGUUGAGAAGGGGGACUUCGAGCGGGCGGUUAAUGUGCCCGCGACGGUGGAGGAUAUGGAGGUUGUGGAGAUUGCGAGGGCGAGGGUUAGGGAGUAUUUUAUGGAGAGGGAGGGGAGGGCGAAGAUGGAGGGGAGGGCGAAAUUGUGA